CAAAAGUCAAAGGCCAUCCGUGUUUCCUUGGCUAGUAAGUUAGUAACAGCCCGUAAACAGUGGUGAGGAGAGAGGUUUGUCGUAACAACGACGAGGCUAUGGACACUCAUUAAGUGUCUUCUACUCACAAAGAAGACGUAUCACUGAAGACAGUCGCAAAGAUCUUGAGCAGUAUUGCCAGUCAGCUGGGAGGAAAAAGACAUUAGGUGUUGUCUUCACGAACUGAUGAUCAACAAACUUUAAGAGGAUUGAAAUACCAUUAUGUCUGUAACCUCUAUAAUAUUAUCACUUUGGAAAGCCUUGUCACCAAGAACUUUAAAGUGUCGGUUUGUCGCUUAUGUCAGACGGUAUGAAGAAAACAUCGACUUCCACGUUGUUUGCAGAGACGAGUGCGUUGAAACAGAUGAUUAUCUCCCAGGUUUCAUCAUGUGUGGAAAUCAAGCAGCAACGGUUCCUCUUAUUUCUGGAGAUGCACUUUACGUUUCUGUAAGAAUCCUCGAAGGCCAGAAACGGUCCGAGCAGAUGGUACUCCACCCCCAGCAAUGCCGUGGUAAAAACGGCCAGUCUGUACAAAUGUGGCUAAAUAGCCCUAACAUAAAACCUGUGAUGGGCGAAGUUGUCAUCACGAGUCUUCGAACCUCUACGACUGUUUGUAUUUUUACUUUCCAGGAGGUGACCGCCUUUCCUCGCACCACCAUCGCCUCUCGGAAACGAUCCAGUGGAAGUCCACCGACCUUGGCGAUGUCCCAAUAUGAGGUGGUGAUGCCAGAAAAGGCAGACUGGCAACAGAAAGGCGAUUACGACUCAAAGUUACGUAAAGGCACCACCACCGCCUCUCAGAAACGAGCCAGUGGAAGAUUUGUACCGGUACGAGUGAUUACCCUAGAUGAGAUGGACAGGCCAGGAUGGCAACAGAAAGACGAUGGUGACUCGAUUUCGAAAGGUGGCGAUAAAGACACAAAGCCAACAACUGAGAGACCUAUCCACUACGGACACGGGAGACGAUUGAUGAUAGCAACAUUGGUGGCCUUAUUCGUAGGGGCAUUCUGGGCCGUAACCAUAUUCAUGCAAGAUCUGUACAUGUUAACAGAUCAACACACUAGCAUUCCUGUGCCUGUGGCCCCGUUCACCAUCCGUUCCUAUGUAGUAGGCACUGAAGGCCGGGUGAUUCAGGAGUACGGUGGAGUGAAACUGAUUUUUCCACAAGGUUGCGUUUCUGAGGAAAGGGUCAUCUCCGUGGAGGUUGAUGUCAUGCCCAUCGAUGACCUGGUCAACCAAAAGUUCCAGGCGCUAAGUGCGGUUAUCACAGUGAAACAGAGUCAGACCACACCUUUCCUGAAGCCGGUCACAGUAACGUUGCCAUGGAUGUGGCGAAAGUAUACAUUCCUACCAGAGGUUAACACAACCCUGAUGCACUUCCAGCCAAACCAUGGUCUGCCUAUAGUGCUGAUCUCUACGAAUCUGACCACACGGUGACAUUCCAAACAGUUCAAUUCCAGAGUUACUUUGUCGUCAAAACACUACACGAUGCAGUGUACUUCGUGGAAAAGAUAUGGAACGGCUACGCAGAGGAUAAAGUACAUCUCUCCAUCAUACCCAACGUGACAACCCGGGAGAUCACCAUGCUCUGUACUCAUAAGUUACAAGACCAGCAAGAUUUUUUCUUCAUAAGCGAGGAACAACUGAGGCAUCAGUUCAAGCAACAGGUUCACAUGAAAAGCAACGAGAAGAUCGAGGCAAUGUUCACGGAUAAGAGUGACAUUGAAAUCGAAGAAGACGACAUUCUGCAAAAUGGAAUCACAUUCUACUUUCCUCCAGCCACUGCCAAUAGAUAUUCUCUUCGUCUGAAGGCAAAGGAUGGUGCUGACAUGAAGCAAGAAUAUGAGGGAAGUAUCCAUUUUGACAGAAUACAGGAAGAUGGGCGAAAGUCUGGGAGCACGAUGGAAGAUGCCAUUAACAAUGCUCUCAUCUACCUUCGUCCCAGAACUCAAGCCAUGGGCAAUACAGAGCAGACAAUUCUUAGCCAAGGAUCUGACCCAUCAGCUACAGAUUCCAAUGAUGUGAUACAGUAUUUCGCCAAAACAGUGAAAGGCGUCGGCACGUCCUGGAAAGAGCUGGCCUUGGAGUUGGGCUUGUCUUAUGAGACUGUCCAGGUGAUUGAUCAAAAUGUUAGGCUCAAGGACGACUUUGAAAAAUGUUGGGAAGCUCUGCACCAGUGGAGGCAAAUCAACGGAAAGCAAGCAACAUUGGAUGUUCUAAAAGAAGCCCUCACACAGAUAGGCAUGGCUUCUGUUAAAGAUGAACUGUAAUUCCAACAAAUGCUUGAAAAAAUGCUUGGUAUUAUUACAUGAUUAUUACAUCAUAAUUAUUACAUGAUGAUUAUUACAUCAGAGCAAAAUAAGAACCUAAUUGUGUUUAUAAAAAUACUGUACAUAAUUGAGUGGGAAUACUUAAAGGGGCAUCCCGCUCCAGAAUCGAGUGUUAUUUUCUAAUAGAUAAUAUUUUUCGGGAUUCUAGUUCACCCGACUCCCGACUUGGAUUCCAUAUUUUGUAGUCCUUCUUGAUAAACAACCAAGUUGAAAUCCCCCAUCAUUAUUGUCAACUAUUACUCUGCAGUAAUAUCUAUUUCAUUAUCUGUAUUGUCUUAUGAUAGUUUAUCAUCCUGUAAAAGAUUGCUAGUUUUAUUACUUUAUCUUUUUAUUACUUAACUAUGUUAAGCUUUUCAAUACCUGCAUGUUUGUUUUAAUGCCCAAGAAUCUUUACAACCAACACAUCUAUGUAAGGAGAACUGGGGACAUCCUAAUCCUGUUGAUUUACUUUAUUAGUAGCUUGUAGGAUUUUGUUCCUGAAAGAUUAUCAAAUGACAGGAAAAAUGAAGCUACUUUCAGACAAUAAGUUUCUUCCUGGUACUACCCUUCUCCGAAAACUUUCUAGGAGGACUUGCAUAUAUAACAUUGAUUCUACAUAUCUAACUCAUUAUACUAGGAAAAAGACAAUAGUGAUGAUACAAAUAACAUCAGACAGCAUACUUUGAUAAUAAUUUCCUGUUUUGUUUUUAAAAAAAAAAGCAACAAAGUAUGGUAUAUAUUUUUCAACGAUUGAAAAUGGUUACAGAGCAUUGUGAAUCUACAUGACAUUGUAAUAAAUGUACUACCGGCGUAA